AUGUUAAUCUUUAACGUGUUACUUCAGGAACUAAGAGAUGCAUAUGCUAACCUUGAGCCGAAGCACGAGAGAGAAAUUAAUGAUUUGAUGAACAGUUAUAAGAAGUCAUAUCCAGAAUGGGUUUUCAUAUUAAGGUGUGGCUUUGGGCUUUUGAUGUAUGGGUUUGGUUCAAAGAAAUUCUUGAUAGAAGAUUUCGCUUCAUCUGCCUUGACCGAUUAUUCUGUUGUUGUGAUUAAUGGAUAUCUUCAGCAAAUCCAUCUUAAGCAGGUUGUAAUAACAUUGGCUGAACUCUUGUGGGAUCAACUGAAAAUGCAUGGCAAAACCACCUGGGAAAAUGUUCCUAAAAACCAACAGCCGUUUAAUACCAAAUCCAUGGAUGAUCUUAUUGCAUUUCUAGAUGGACCACACUUGGAGGACAAAGAAUGUUUCGUAUGUGUUGUGGUACAUAAUAUUGAUGGGCCUGGUUUGCGUGACUCUGACACUCAACAGUAUCUCGCCAGAAUCGCAGCCUGUUCUCAUAUCCGUGUGGUUGCAUCCAUUGAUCAUGUGAAUGCACCUCUGUUAUGGGACAAGAAGAUGGUUCACACUCAGUUCAAUUGGUACUGGCUCCAUGUUCCUACCUUUGCUCCAUAUAAUAUUGAAGGAACGUUCUUUCCUCUCGUUCUCGCUCAUAGUGGAAGUGCUCAAACGGUUAAGACAGCUUCAAUAGUCUUACAGAGUUUGACACCAAAUGCCCAAAGUGUUUUUAAAGUUGUUGCAGAGCAUCAGUUAGCCCAUCCCAAUGAAGAAGGGAUGCCACUGAAUAAUUUAUACACAAUUUGUCGAGAGCGCUUUUUGCACUUGAAAAGCUUGUACAGGAGAUCAGCCAAUAGAAAUUUCCUUCUCCAUCUUCUAUUGAAAGCUCGAUCGACGGGCUAUCUUUCCACGGAUGAUUGCUCAAUUAUCGUGGAAAGCCAGAAUUCGGGAAGUGGAGGACCAAAUUUUGUUCUAGAUAUGAUGAGAUGGAGACAAUAUUAG